AGCCCGGAGGUAACAUCAAGAGCGGCAGGAGGAGGAGGAGGCGGAGGCGGAGAGGAAGAAGCCGGACGGAGCCGGGGCUGCCGCGCGCCUGUGGGAAGAGAGCGAGCGAAGUAGGUCCCCGUAAGUGACUGAUCUAUGAAAUGGCAGAGAAUGGAACAGACCUGAGGCGCAUGGCAAUGAGCAAAGAGCAGCACAAUGGAAACUUCACAGAGCCUUCUCCGUCAAGCGAACAGAAGAAGAGAGAACGAGAAGAGCGCCUGGAUAUCGUCCUCUGGAAGAAGCCACUCAUUACCUUGCAGUAUUUUUUCCUGGAAACAUUAUUAAACUUGAAAGAAUUGACCAUAAAAUUGUGGCAUCGCCGAAGGAUUGUGGUGUCUCUCUUACUGCUGCUGGCACUGCUUACAUCCGCGUAUUAUAUCGAAGGCGCACAUCAACAGUAUGUGCUUUAUUUGGAGAAGAAGCUCUUAUGGUGUGCCUACUGGGUAGGCUUAGGCAUUCUGUCCUCAGUGGGACUUGGAACGGGUCUUCACACCUUUCUGCUCUACUUGGGUCCACACAUAGCAUCGGUGACGCUUGCUGCUUACGAAUGUAACUCUGUCAAUUUCCCCGAACCGCCCUAUCCUGACCAAAUUAUCUGCCCUGAUGUAGAAGGGGUUGAAGGAUCAAUUUCUUUAUGGACCAUCAUCUCGAAAGUCAGGCUGGAGGCCUGCAUGUGGGGUGCCGGCACAGCCAUUGGGGAGCUGCCUCCGUACUUCAUGGCCAGAGCGGCCCGUCUCUCUGGAGAGGAGCCUGACGAUGAGGAGUAUCAGGAAUUUGAGGAGAUGCUGGAACACGCUCAGACCGCACAGGACUUUGCCUCCCGUGCUAAGCUGGCAGUCCAGAACCUUGUGCAGAAAGUGGGCUUUUUUGGAAUCCUGGCAUGUGCUUCAAUUCCAAACCCUCUUUUCGACCUGGCCGGGAUAACAUGUGGACAUUUCCUUGUUCCCUUUUGGACGUUCUUUGGCGCCACCCUGAUUGGAAAAGCAAUAAUCAAGAUGCACAUUCAGAAACUUUUUGUCAUUAUCACAUUCAGCAAACAUAUAGUGGAACAGAUGGUGGCCUUAAUUGGCGCCGUCCCCAGCGUAGGCCCAUCUCUCCAAAAGCCCUUUCAGCAAUAUUUGGAAACUCAGCGGCUGAAGCUUCACCACAAAGCGGAAGGAGCACCCCAGAGCGAAAACUGGCUGUCGUGGAUGUUUGAAAAGUUGGUUAUCGUCAUGGUGUGCUAUUUCAUCCUGUCCAUUAUAAACUCGAUGGCUCAGAGCUAUGCUAAGCGUCUCCAGCAGAUGUCCUCUGAGGAGAAAACCAAAUGAGCUCCGGGGAAGAGGGAGACGGACCCCAAAUUUAAUUGGGACGACCAGCCUCGCAUUAAAAAAAAAAUCAAAAUCGGCACUAUUUGAAAUUGGAGGGUGGGUGAGAGGGUUGUGGGGUGUUUUUUAUUAUUAUCUUUCAAAGUAACUCUGCCGAUUAGUAAACAUUUCUCAUUGAUUGCCAUUUGUAAAGGUAAUGUACAUGCUUCUGUUUAUUUCAUCCAAGUUGGAAUAUAAGGGGAGAACAUUGCCUCCUAUUUUAAAUUUAUAUUUCCAGUGGAUUAUAUCUAACAUUCAUCCUCAGAGUAGACCCACUGGGUGGUAUUCCAUCCUAGUCCUACUCAGACUCAGUGAAACUAAUGACCAGGACUUUGGACUUGGUUGAAUACAGUCCAUUGAACUUAUUAACAUGGAUCCAUUAACCUUCAAUGGACCUAACUGAGUAAAACUUACUUGAAUACAGCCCAAUAUCACAGAUUUUUCUUUUUUUAACAGGCAGCACAACUCCGGACUGUAACUUAUAGACCCAGCUUGCCACUAAGUUUUUUCUAAAAAAAAUAUUAAAAAGUCCAAAGUUGGUAGCUCCAUCUUCUCCCCUGAGAUGGUCACAUGUCCAUCCCAGUCUUAACAUUGAAUAAAUAGUCUUAGAUUGGCUAGCAGACUUGCAUGACCCUCGUGCUAACAUCUGGGUUCUUCAAAGGUUCUCCAUUACAUGUUGGGUGGGGUGGGUGGAAUCUCAGAUUUUUUUAACUUCAUAAUGGUUCUGAGCAGAGACACUGGUGCCAUCUGCUGCUGGAGUUCUCUUUUCUUUUUUCCAUUAAAAAGAAAAAAAAUCUGUAUAUUUAGAAUGACGUUAAGAUGAUAACAGAAGAAAUAUAUAUAAAAUCACCUUGGAUCAUUCCAGACCUUCUUGUCUUGGUCUUUUAAAGCUCUUCCUCCUCCUCCUCCUCCUCCUCUUUACCCUUUUGUAUUCCUGUUUUCACCUUCAUUUUAUUUUGCGAAGUUUUAUCUCCCUACGGGGUCUCUCUGAUCCUCCGGAGCUCUUUGCUCUUUGAUUUCUUCCCUCCCUCAAGAACUUCUCACUCAAGGAAAUAGAAAUGUGUUGGGACCUUGACACGGUUUGGUUAAUUUUAUUUAUUUAACUGACAAGUAGCCCGUUGUGUUGGGUUUGUUUGUGUUUCUUUUUUAAAAACGGUUAACUUGCGAUGUUUUGCAUAGCAUCGUUGGGAAAUGCACAGGAAGGUGUCUUGCAAGCUGCAAGAAGGGUGACUGGAAUAAACAACCAUUCAAAUAUC